CAGCAGGCCGCGGGUCAUGCCGGGAGAUGUAGUCUGGGCCUGGGCCACCCUGUAGGCCGGAGUUCGGGUGACGGGGUGAGUGUCCCCGCGUGGCUGUGACCGCGGAGCCUCCAGGCGGGGAGCAGGACAUCGCUGGGGGCGCGGGGUCUCCCAGUGAAGGUCACCAUGGACUCCCGGGUAACCUUGGUGACGCGCUGACCCCGCCCCGUGACGUCACAUGCCGGCCGACAAAAUGGCCUCCAGCUCCGGAGAUGUUCUGCCGACCUUUGAACAAGCUGAUGGACAGGGUUCAAAGUUGGUGAGAAAAGCCAAAGAAUCUCCAUUUGUUCCAGUGGGGAUUGCCGGUUGCCUUGCAGUUGUAGGUUAUGGGAUAUACAAACUGAGGAACAGAGGUGACACAAAAAUGUCCGUACAUCUUAUUCACAUGCGUGUUGGUGCACAGGGGUUCGUUGUCGGAGCAAUGACCUGUGGUGUGUUGUACUCCAUGUACCGUGAAUAUCUGGCAAAACCCAAAGAGUAAAAGGAAGACCAUUGGAAAUGCCAACCAGGACCUCACAUUGGGGUGUCACUUUAUUUUACUGCAUAAAGAAUAUUUUCUGAGAAUGAGCUGCACUACAUUGCAGAGCACUCUGGGACUCUAGGAGUUAACUUUUAAUUUUGGUUUCAUGAUGCAAAGACACGUUUUAUUGUGAGUUCUGCAGCAUAUACAGUACACAAAUAGAAAUGUUUAUUUUGAAACUUUUUAUUAAAUUAUUUUGAAAUGGUGGGUUUUUGUGUUUUUUGUAUAGUUCUGUAACCCAUCCAGCAUAGGCAGACAAUUGUAAAAUUUUCCACCGUGAUACUAGACCUCUCCAUUCACGCUGCACUCUGGCAUGAAGGGGGAAAUACACUUUGUAACAGUGAUACUCAAUCUGUGUGCUAAUCACUGGCAGCAGGAAAGCCUUUUCUCUCAUUGCAGCAGUGUGUUUUUCGUUUAACUUAUUUUAAUCUUUGUCUCCAUUAGAUGGGAUUGUUAUUAAAUAUCCUUCAUUCUGCACAAAUACAAAAGUCUGAUCUAGUUACACACUUCAAAGUCUGUAGUAUCCUCAAUCCUUUUUAUCUACAUUCCGAUGUGUGUUCCCGUAGUUUGCUGGCAAUGUAUUCUGUAAAAUAAAAUAUUAUUUGCAGUUAUCUUGAA